AUGGCCUCUCCUCAGAAGAUCCGUACUACCCUUACCGAUCUGCUCAAGAUCAACCACCCCGUGCUGCUGGCAGGCAUGAACGUGGCUGCUGGUCCUAAGCUGGCCGCGGCCGUCACCAACGCUGGUGGUCUGGGUGUUAUUGGUGGUGUCGGCUAUACUCCCGACAUGCUUCGCGAGCAGAUUGCCGAGCUCAAGAGCUUCCUGCAUGACAAGAACGCUCCUUUUGGUGUUGAUCUUCUGCUUCCCCAGGUUGGAGGAAGCGCUCGCAAGACCAACUACGAUUACACCAAGGGCAAGCUGAACGAGCUGGUCGAUAUCAUCAUUGAGAGCGGCGCCAAGCUCUUCGUUUCCGCUGUCGGUGUUCCUCCCAAGCAUGUUGUCGAUAAGAUUCACUCUGCUGGAAUCCUCUACAUGAACAUGAUUGGUCAUCCCAAGCACGUCCAAAAGGCUCUCGAUGCUGGUGCCGAUAUCAUCUGUGCUCAGGGUGGUGAGGGCGGUGGCCACACUGGUGAUGUGCCUACCACCGUCCUCAUCCCGACCGUUGUCAAGCUCUGCGAAGGCAAGAAGAGCCCCAUGACCGGCGAGCCUGUGCAGGUUGUUGCUGCCGGUGGCAUGUUCAACGGCAACUCCCUUGCCGCGGCUCUGAUGCUGGGUGCUUCCGCCGUCUGGGUCGGUACCCGUUUCAUCCUGUGCGAUGAGGCUGGUGCUCCCAAGGCUCACCAGGAGGCUGUCCGCACCGCCGGUUUCGAGGACAACAUCCGCACGAUCAUCUUCACUGGCCGUCCCCUGCGGGUUCGCAAGAAUGCAUACAUUGAGAACUGGGAGGAGAAUCGCCAGCAAGAGAUCAGGGAGUUGACAGCCAAGGGUGUCAUCCCCGUCGAGCACGACUUCGAGACGCUGGGCGACGACGUUGAUGAUGAGACCCUGGACAAUGCCCGUCCCUUCCUGAUGGGCAAGGUCUCCGCUGUCGUCAACGAGAAGAAGUCGGCCAAGGCUAUCGUCGAUGAGUUCGUGACGGACGCUGCCGCUCUCCUGCAGAAGGGCAACAAGAUGAUUGCCAAGCUGUAA